CGAAACUCUUGGUCCCCUUGGAAUACCUUCGAAGCUCACUCCUUUCUUCGCCAUAUUAGACUUUUUGUGUCUGCAGAUAAAACCACGAUCACGCCGUACUGUGGCAGUGUACAGGCUCUCUGCGAACGAACAGACAGGAACAGACAUAUUCACAACGAUACCUUGACUUCGUAUAUACCACCCAAGCUCACUGAUCUACUACCUGUGUAGACCAUCUAUUAUCGGUCUUUCACAGAGGCCCUGGCAUAGGGCCUUUCGACUCGGGACGCAUCGGGACUGCCCAGUUUGUCUCUACUUGCGCAAGACACAACCCACUCGUUGACGUGUUAAACAACAGUCAGGGUACAAAGGACGGCCAAGCUCCUCAAAAUGUCGUUCAAAGCGCCCUCAGUCCUGCUAUACCUCUUCUUCCUCCACCUCGCCGGAAUAUACCUCUUCACUCAAGGCUUCCUCCUCUCCCGGCUCUCCCUCCCCACCGUCACAACCUGCUCCCCAUCCGACCCAUGCACUCUCACGCCAACGCACAAACGAGCCGUAUUACUCAUCAUCGACGCUCUCCGCUUCGAUUUCCUCUCACCGAACCCACCGGAGCCACAAUCACCUUACCAUCAUAAUAUAUUGACGCUUCCUCGUGAACUCACGGAAAAGUACCCGAAGAACUCAUUCCUAUUUAAUGCGUAUUCAGACCCACCAACAACGACGCUUCAGAGGAUUAAAGGGCUCGUUACGGGUUCAUUACCGACUUUCGUCGAUAUGGGCCACAAUUUUGGAGGAUCGUCGAUUGAUGAGGAUUCGAUCGUGAAGCAGCUUCGCAUGGCCAACAAAAGUGUAGCCUUCAUGGGUGACGACACCUGGCUCUCCGUCUUCCCAGACUCCUUCCACCCUGAUAUAACUCACGACUUUGACUCCUUCAACGUCGAGGACCUACACACUGUCGAUAAUGGCGUCAUCGACAACCUCUUCCCUCUCCUCACAGACUCUCCGCACGCAAACAAGUGGGACUUCCUCAUUGGGCAUUUUCUCGGUGUAGAUCACGUAGGGCAUCGCGUAGGACCGGACCAUCCCACAAUGAGGGCAAAGCAGGAGCAGAUGAACGACGUUCUCACGCGUGUCGUGGACAAGUUGGACGAUGAUACGCUUUUGGUCGUUUUGGGCGACCAUGGAAUGGAUAGGAAGGGCGAUCAUGGUGGCGAUGGCGAUCUGGAAGUCUCAUCCGCGAUGUGGAUCUACUCCAAGGGUCCCGCUCUGUCCGUCGGAGAUUCGUACAUCCCAGACAGUCUUAAACGGACGACGACGUUCCCUGGUGCGACGGUGCCACAUCGUUGGAUCCAGCAAAUCGACCUGGUUUCGUCGCUUUCGCUCCUUCUGGGUCUUCCUAUCCCCUUCAACAAUCUAGGAACCGUCAUACCCGAGCUUUUCUGGCGAGACAAGAAGGGUGCGGAGUACGUCCGCGCCUUGGAACUCAAUACCCGCCAGGUGAACACCUAUCUUUCCGCAUACCGCAAUAGCUCCUCCGGCGGCGAACUCGACUCUGUAUGGAACCAUCUCCAAACGCAGUGGUCCGUCACGGCGACUUCGACAGACAGGUUGACGGCCUCGAUCGCGUAUACUCGGCUCGUGCUGGAGACCUGUCGGUCGUUGUGGGCGCAGUUCAACGUCGUGCUGAUGGCAUUCGGAUUGACAACGCUGGUACUCAGUUUGCUCGUGGGCUGGGGACUGUUCCAGCACAGUAAUAGGACGGCGGAACAAUGGGAUGCGUGGGUCGUAGAGCUUACACGACGAUAUGUCAUAGCUGGUGCCGCCGGCGCUUCAUUGGCCGUCGUCAGUUACAUGCCACUCCAAGCUUCAGGAAUAUUGGACGGCGUAUCGUUCUUGCAAAUGGCCCUUUUCGGUAUAUCGCUGGGCUCAGGCCUGGGCAUCGUAUUCGCAGCACCACCCCGGUUCCAACUCUCGUGGUCGCUAAUCCCGCUGGUGCUACAUCCGCUCGCCUUCCUAUCCAACUCGUUUACCUUCUGGGAAGAUCGUGUCGUCCCGUUCUUCCUGCUCACUACCCUUAUCCCCGCGUUCCUGACGGCCUUCCACGCACCGACUUCGCAUCUCCGCCGUCGAAUAUUGUUCUUCUCGGCCUUGUUCGCCGUUUGUGUACGGCUUAUGGGAAUUAGUACGGUAUGCAGGGAGGAACAGCAUCCUUGGUGCAGCAUCACGUUCUUCGCAGGAGGCACCGUCGCUGAGCCUCCAACGUCGACUUUAUACCUCGUCUUGCCGACAUGCAUCCUUCUUCCCAUCAUCAUCCGGAGGAUCCUGGCGAUUUCGAAGUCGGACAGGGGCGUCGCGGCGAUUUUCCUGCCAUAUAUCCUUACGCCGACUUUACUCUCCGGAACCGCGUAUUGGUUGAUGGAAUGGAUGGAUAGCACGGAGAUGUGGGGACCUGAUGUCAAUUUGAGGUUGAUGAGGACGGUCUUGUCCUGGUGUGCGAUGGGUGGGAGUCUCGUGUUUGGAGGUGUCCUAUGGGCCAUCGUCCCAGUCUGCUUGCAGAUCGUCAAGGAACGUCUUCCACCGAGCCAUGACGACGACCCGAACGAGCCUCCGAAAUCACAGGUCAUCGUUAUGGGCUUCGCCAACGCGUUUGGAUCACCCUACUUUAUAUUCUGGUGUAUAUCCCUCGGCCUCGUCUGGUUUACCACCCAAUUGACCGGACAACUGACAAUCGGCCUCGCCACCAUCGCUCUACUUUCCCAUCUCGAAAUCCUCGACAGUGUCCGAGACACCAAAGCCCUCCAAUCCGCCUUCGAAACCAACCCGUCCGCCGCACUCGAGCUCCUCCAAUCCCAAGCCGGAAACUCCGCCUCCGCCGCAAGCCUCUCCUCCUCCCCCGCCCGCGUCUCCUUCUCCGACAUCGUCCCGAUCGCCCUCCUCGCACUGCAGGCAUUCUACACGACAGGUCACCAAUCCACCAUCCCCUCCAUCCAAUGGAAAUCCGCCUUCAUCCUCUCCUCAACCGUAACCUACCCGUCCUCCCCCCUCCUCGUCCUCCUAAACACAUUCGGCCCCAUCUUCCUCCUCGCACUCUCCGCGCCCCUCCUCGCGCUCUGGAACGUCUCGCCGCUCAUCACGUCCACGCCCGGUUCGCCGUCGCCGCUUUCGGCCGCGGGGACGGUGGGCUUGAAUGCGGUGCGGGCGGGAUUGGGGACGAUGUGUUAUUUUGCGGUGUUGGUGACGGGGAGCGCGGUGGGCGCGGCGGCGCUGAGGAGACAUUUGAUGGUUUGGAAGGUGUUUGCGCCGAGGUAUAUGGCGGGGGCGGUGGAGGUGGCUGUUGUAGAUCUUGGGGUUGUGGUGGGGGUUUGGGUGGGUGUGGGGAGGGUUGUGGGCAAGGUUGGAGGGAUGUUUGGGAGGAGGCCUGGAGGUGGGGCGUGAGGGAUGUGAUGUGUAUGGUGAGAUGGGGUGGAUGGGUGUGCGUGGAUGGGUAGGUGGGUGAGAAGCGGUGGAUUGUUGGACGUUCGGGGUCGAGGGAUGGACAAAGGUAUUGUAAUGGGUCAGUAAUUGAUCGUGGAUGUAAUUCUGCGAUAGGUCGUGCUAAAAAUAAUCC